AUGAGUCACACGAGUGAAUCCAAGGAAGAAUUUAAAAUGACAGGCCAGAAGUCACGCAGCGUUCAACCUAGUAGCAAGUUUUGUAAACAAGAUGUAAUUAAAGAAGUGGAAGACUGGCACACCUUCACUGCGCUCUCCAUUCCUCUCUUCAUUAUUUUGAGCAGUUGGGUUUUUCAGUGUCUUUUGGAGACUCUUCCCUUCAGCAGAAUAACUUAUCGGAUCUUCGACCAAUACAAGUACGGCUACAGUGUAGCUUCUGAGGACACUGGCAAUUACCACGCGCGCUCGGAGGCCCGGGAUGGGGAGACGGUCAGUGGGUCAUACAAGGUGGCACUCCCAGACGGCCGCGUCCAAAUGGUGACUUACAUCGCAGACGAACAGGGCUUUCGGGCGGAGGUCACGUACGAGGGCGAGGCCGCUCCAUCCACCACGACCUCUGCCACCCCGCACACCCCUUCGCGCCCGCCCGUCCACGCCUCUGCCUUUUCUCCCUCCCAGAAGGACUUUCCCACCCACCCGGCCGAUCCAAAGGCUCCGAGCCCCAGUGCGUCUGUACGUCUACGCGAAGAUCUUCGCCCAAGACGCCCAGUGCCGCAACCCGUCAGGCAUCAGUUCAAUGACCGUGGUCAGCCUAUCCAUCCCGCCUCCAUUCAUACACCUCCUAUUCCAUCUUCCCGCCACGACGGAACCCCUACUCCACAUCAUUCCCGUUCACCAACUCCCCCGCUUAUCCGCAAUGCGACACCCGCUCCACCCAGCCAGAAUCUCCACUUUGGCGACCACUUUCACUUGACAACCGCUUCGCCCAAUCCUUUCCGUCUGGUGGUGGAUAAGAGCAGGGCGUCCACCCUCUCGCCCCUCCCUUUCGCGCCUGCCCCUCCACCCUCCUCUUCGGCUCUUCCUUUUUCUUCUUCUUCCUCUUCCCACAUCUCGCCGUUUUCCUCCUUCAAGAAUUCCCAGAGACAUCAGGCCAACACCACGCCUGCGCCCCCGACUCCCACAUUUAACCCCGCCCACGAUGCAUCCGCUACGCCCACGUUGGAGGCGCCUUUCGCUACGACCUCCCGUCCCGUCACCAACGCCCAUGUGGCUGACAACGGCUUCAGAUCCACGGAAUCUUCCAGGAGCAAGAGCCAAUUGCACUCCCUUCACCACCAAACCACCUCCACCACACCCAAAUCUACCACCAACGCCCACACCAUCGCCCCUGCCCAUAGACACAGUCAUCCCCCCCUCACUAAACCCGCUGCUCCCCCGCCAGCGAACCUGUACGAGUACGACCCCGCGGGCCGCGCGGCCGGCGCCCACACCACGCUCUAUAACCCCGACCCGGACGCUAGGGCGUACAUACACGCUCUCGGGCAGGCGCACGCUGUCCCGCUGCUCCUUCCCUUCUCGCCGCCCCAUCAGGAGGGAGACAAGGCGAGCACUCACCCGCACCACAACGUCCUGCCGCCUCCCCCAAGGACCUACUACCUCUCCCAGCCCUCGUAUUCCAUCCCCGCCUACGCCUCUACCGCCGCCCCUCAGAUCGUGCACCUUCUGACGCCCGCGCCCGCCCACAGCGCCGAGAGCGUGGAAAUCACCCGCGGUGAUGGGCAGCGACCCAGGAUCUCCAUCAAGGUGCCCGAACCCCACGAGGCCGACAUCUACCCCGCACCACGACCCAGACUCCGGCUGCGCUGACCGUCGGGCUGGGCCGUAUUUUGUGUGCUUUCGUCUUUCAUUUGAUCCUUUGUCACUACAUCAUCUCUCCUCAUUUUCUGAUUGUUGUAUUUUAAAUUACUAUAGUUGUUGUAUGUAUGAUUCUCAUUAUUAUUCUCAUUCUAGAGUAGAAAAAAGUUUUAUGCAUAUGGUUUACGCUUUUAUUCAGAUAUGAAUUUAUUAUAGAUUUACAAUAUGCAAAGUAUACCAAAUGACCAUUUUACAGUAUAUAAACAUAAAAGUAUCACGUAUAAAUGAUACUGCCAAAGAUGACGUAUCACUAGACAUUCUCUUACCUACACUUUCCUUUGUACAAAAUAAUGAUAUAUCAUAUCAAAAGAAUGUAUGUAUGUAUACUCACACACACA